UGAUCUCUUGGAAUUUUUCUUUUUUCUCCUUGUUUUGAGAGGAGAAAGUCCGGUAAUAAAAAUAUAAUGUACGAUGUUCAUGCAUGCUGUAGUAAAAUUCAUGGGAUGGGAGAUGGAAUAGAACUAUCAUGGAAAGGGCCCAAACCGAGGCAUCCAACUCUAUGAUGGGCUAUUUAUUUUCAUUUACAUUCUUUCUGUAAGUGCGAACACAGCAAAAAUUAAUUAGAUGCUUUAACUAAAAAGAUUCCACUAAAAUAAUAUUUUUAAAACGAGUAAUAAAAUAAUUUUGUAGUUAAUGACCGAUAUUCAAUUUAUUAUUCCUUUAGCAACAGAAAUUCAAAAUAAGCAAGGAUGGCCUCUAUACAUUUACAUUAACAAAUAUAUUAAUAAAAAAUUAAUUCCAUCAGAAAUAAAAAUUAAAAAAAAUUUCCAUGAUAAUGACCAUCGCUAUGUUUUUAGAAAUCCUUAUUCUGAUUUUACUUAUGACGAAAAUGAUUUAAAAAUGGAGGCGUUAAUGACCGAUUUUAUUUCGAAUUUUGUUAUUUAUGGGCAAGUUUUAUUUGAAAAUUUGAAAGAAUUUUUUUAUAGAGGGGUGAGCACUUGGAUAGAUUUUAGAAUAGAGACAGGGGAUGGGUAG